AGAAUUAUAAAGGCACGUAAUGCCAACCUCUGAUAUACAUAAUAAAUAUCGAGAAGUUAAAGAAAACUUUGAAAAUUACUUUAAUACAUUCGUCAGUCUGUUACAUCAUGACCAUCCAAAAAGUCUUCAAUUGGCAGAACAACAUUUCCAAAAUGUAACUUCGUAUAAUUUAUCUAGUGGCAAACGAAUUCGAGGAGUGUUAGUUGUCCUUUCGUAUAUGGUGUUCAGCAAUAAAAAUGAAAACUCUAGGAAAAACUUGUCGUGUGCAUAUCUUAUUGGUUGGUGUGUCGAAUUGUUACACGCAGGAUUCCUUGUUUUGGAUGAUAUAAUUGACAAUUCUACACUUAGACGGGGCCAACCGUGUUGGCAUUGUACUCAGAUAGAUUUAAACCGUGGAUUAAUUGGAGUUAAUGAUGGUUUACAUCUGAUUUUAUCAUCGAAAUACUUGAUCCACUCUUUAUUUGCUGAAAAUCAAAGUAAUGUUGAUUCAUAUUCAUGGAAGGACAAAAAUAACGUAUAUCUCAAAUUAUGCAAAUUGUUUGAUGAAAUUAGUUACAAAACGUGUUCUGGCCAAUGCUUGGAUGUACUAUCAGCAAAUCCUAAUAAUCAAUGUAUUUUGAACGGAAAACAGAAUAAUUUGGAGUUUGAUAGUUUUGCUCGAAACUACUCAUCAGAUGUCUUUGAAGCUAUAACACACUGGAAGACGGGUUAUUAUACUUUUUAUCUACCUGUAGCGUGUGGAAUGAUUUUGGCUGAAGUUGAUGAUACAGAUGAUAUUUUCAAAAAUGUUCAAUACAUCCUCCUUAAAUUGGGUAACUACUUUCAAGCCCAGGAUGACUAUUUAGAUUGUUUUGGUGACAGUGAAAUUACUGGAAAAGUUGGGACUGAUAUAGCAGAAGGCAAAUGUACAUGGCUAAUUGUUGAAGCGUUAAAAUACCUUUCACCUGAACAAUAUAAAAUACUUAAAUGUUAUGUCUAUACACAGUAGCUGCAUAUUUAAUAAAUCUCGAUGAGUCUAAACUUGAGAAACUUGAGGUUAAGUAAAAGAAUACGAUGUCUUUAUUCAUUAUUAACGUUAAUUAGUACUGGAAGUAUUCACGUUUAUUACCAAGUCAUUGAACAUCCAAUGGUUUCUUCAUAACUUUGUUUACGGUCGCCUUGUCAGAACGCGAGAUGUGCCCUCAUAUUAUAUUUGAAUAUGGUUCACUUUGACGCACCAAACUGGUCUUUCCUUGUGAAUUUAUGACAAUUUAUUUCCUAGCUGUGUUUGCGUCUGUCUGUUACCCAUAUUCCUCCCACCCGUUUCUAAAAGCAAAUCCCUAUGAUCUAUCGAUAACUACAGUGAUCAUUAUUUUGCGUAUUGGUCCAUGUCAGUACAAAACACUUACGUGUAUCCUAAAAUAGUCAUAAUUUUGUUGACAUCGAUAUAUGCAUAAUGAGAUUGCGACUGCUAUUCCCAAGACAUAUUUUAUGAGUAUCUGAUAUUUGGCCAAUGUCUAGUUUUGUUCCAAUUGUUUCUCUUAUUCGUUCCUAUUUUGAUGGAUAGCAUUUUAUUAGUUUCUUUUUCAAAUUUACUUCUGAACUGGCUGAUGCUUUAUCAAAAUCAUAUGAAAUUAUACUGCUUACCUACACUUAGUCCAUCCAAAAUUGUUGUGUACCGCUUGCAAGUUUUAAUUAAAAUUUUACGGUAACUAUCUUAGUCAAGUAACUUUAUUUACGCCAUUUUCAAAAUUUUGGUCUUUCCUGUGAUUCAUGUGUCAGGUUGUAUUUUGUAGCUUUUUACGUUCUUAAACACUUCCAUUUCUUAGUUAUUCCUGCACAGGUCACACGGAAUCUUUGUUUUGUCAUACCCUAGUUUGAAUACUUUUAAUGUGUAGAUAAAACUACAAUCUUCAAACAUUCAAAUGAAGUCCUUUAGUAAAUUUAAGGGACUAUAAUCGAAAAUCUUUUUAUGCUAUGUGGUCUAUUAUUGAAUAUUGUAAAUUUACCAUAUUUUAUUCCAUUCCUAUGUUCUUCGUCAAUAUUCAUGAACCAAUAUACUUCUAAUUUAACCAAUCACCUUAUGUUAUUGAAUACCUGGACUGUAUGUUUUCAGUCUUUCAUGAUGUUAAUGCCUGUACAUGAACAAAAAACAACUAUCCAUCACUAAUUUUUGAAUGAAAAUGAUAAGAAUCUAGUCAUCACUCCGUUCAUCUUGGUAUUCGUAUACUUUUAUACUGGUACGAAUAUUGGAAAAGUUGUAAAUGUUGGAACCAGUUUUCCAACCAUUACUUAUAUUUUUAUUGUUGCAUUUGUAUAUUCCCCUUAUUGUGAUCUCCCAGUAGACCUAGUAACCAUUGUUUUGAAUCCUCCCGUUUCUCAAUUAUUAUCAAUUAGUUAUGCAUUAUUAACCUUGCUCUCUGCCAUUUACGGCAUGAUUGUUCUUAAAAUAUAAUCUCUUAUUUUUUGUGCUGUAUGGUCAGGCAUUUCAAGUAUAUUAUUGAGUGAGUUUUGAGUGAUAAUUGAAUUGAGCACAAUAGAUAAUAAAUCUACUUUCUAUACGCGUCUCCUAAUUGGCUACUGGGUUAGAUGGAGCUCGACGGUCAAUAAGCAUUGAGGUCUUGGGUGUUGUUCAUUAGUCAGUGUGUCUUGGUAAUUGUUAAGUCACCGGUCCUAUUGGGAAUAUGGGUGAACUAAUCUGUAAUCGGAAUUUUGAUUAGGCAGUAUAACACAUAUUAUCGAUUCGCCUAUCGAUUCAUAAUAUAUGCCACCAGUUAUUCAGUUGUCAAGAUUUAGUCAAAUGCUUGGGUUUUGACGUAUACAAGUAGUAUUGUCAAAUCAUAGAUGAAAUGUUGGUGUUGUGUUGUGUGGUGCGGCAAGUAAGCAACGUUUAUCAUUGCUUAGACCAUUAUUUUUAUUUUAUUUUAUUAAAUUUACAUGGCAGAACUGAAUUUAUUUUGUUUUACUGACUGUCAAAAUUGUGUAUUUAAUCAUCUUAUAUACAUGUUUCUAACUGUAGACAAAUUAUGGUAAACCCGAUCUUAAGUCGCAACAGACUGUUCGCAAUCUCUAUGGUGCGAUCAAAUUACCAGAGAAGUAUUAUUUGUACGAAGAACAAACUAAAUCAGAGAUUAUGAAUAACAUUCAGAAGUUUAUGUACCGUGAUCACUUUUCUUUUGAUCCUAGGGAUUUGUUUACUUUUCUUGUCGAAUUACUUUUUCAACGUGUUUGUUAAAGUGCCAUGAAAAUAUUUCAUAUUUUUCCCAUACUGUUUCUUCAAUUUUCUUUACUUACGUCUUUUCUAUCUCAGUUCUCUUCUUCCAUUUCUUCUUAGUUCUACAAUUCAGUCUUUACUUUUAUCGUUAUGACAAUUUUAUUUAAAGAAUUCCCCUUCUUACAUAAUUAUGGUGCAUUUAAGUCUUCGUCAACAUAAUUUUGUCUAAAAUAUUUGUUUGUUUUCUUAAAAUACUGACUUUAACAGCUUAGUAUUAUAUAUAAUUAUAUUUCCGAAUUUAUUUAUGUAUUUGAACACGUAAAUAUUGCUACAAAAGGAUACCGAAUACAUAUGCGCCACACAAUUCACUUGAUUUGUAUGUGGGUUGUGAUACUGCCUGGGUACCCAGGUGGUAUUUUAGGGUGCCACAUCCGGAGCCUUCGACCUAAAGGU